AUGGGGGGCAUCGUCCCUCUCGACCAGCUCGACGCCUCACUGGACGAAUUCGAGCCCUCUAUUGGCAAUCGUCCGGCAGCGCAGGCAGCGCAGAUGCCAUUCGGGUACCAUCACCACCACCCGCCAACAGCGUCAGCCCACUCGGGCUUUCGGAGCAGCAGCGACGUGGCGAGCGAGAUGGACGAGUCGGAAUCUUCGGAGGCUUCCGCCGGUGGCUACAGUCCGCCGGCGUGGAGACGGCUCGGCAACGGCGACCGCAGCAGCGGGUUCUGGCGCAAGGGUGAGGCCGAUUUGGCUGCGUUGUUUGAUGGCGUUGAUGAUGUCGAUGAUGUCGAUGACGAUAAUCGAUCAAGAGACACAAGUCCUGAGUAUGAGAGCGCCGAUGAGGGCGAUGAUGAUAUCCUUGCGCAGGCGAUCCGAACGAGACUGCCGACGGGGAGCUUAUCUCCGGAGAGGAGUCCUGAGCCGGAAUACCACAAUGCGCAGCAGCAUACUGGCGAUGUAGGCAUCAAAAUCAAACAGGAAGAGACAGAUGAUUUUGUCUUGAGCAGGUUAAAAGACGUCUCGGCUAGAUCAAAGGAGGUUAACGAUAACUUCAUCCGCUUCGCCGUCCGGGCAGAGGUCCAGCAACGUACUGAGCCCAUCGAGAUGGCAAUUAACUUCGUCCGUGGCCGUUUUCAGGCCAUGACGCGCAGCUGGACGUCCAUGUUUGCAUCGUUCCUCGUCGCCAUGUUCUCAUAUGCCCUGCUGCGCUGGUCCUGCCAGCCGGCUGCGAUGAGACCUGUGCCGGAUCUGGUCAAGGUAGCUGGUGUUGCGCGAUCGCUAGAGCCUCUGAUCUACUAUUCUGAGAAUGGUAUCCAGCAGGUAGGCGAUCUGCAGGCUACGGGCGUUGCUGUUUGGGAUUUGAGCGAGAGCGUACGCACUAGCAAUCUUACCUCAGCUCCCAUCAUCGUCAAGGAGCUGGAUGAGCUCAGCGAGAGUCUCAAGACGCUUGCCAUCGAGCUGACCAAGUUCUUUGCCAAUGUCGAUGGCGACAUUGAUGGGAUCCUCAUCGUGAUGGACUGGGCCCGCCGCGAGCUCUCCCAAGUCCAACAACUCCCUCCCCUCCCCUUCUCCUCCCUCUUCGACAACAUUCACAACCUCCUCUCCACCCUCGGCAUCCUCGAAGACCCCGUCACUGGCCAACCAACCCGCCUCGGCGCCCUCGCAACCUCCAUCUUCGGCCAAUCAACCCCGCAGCGCACCAAGCAAACCCUCCAGCGCACCUUUAACGAGUUCCUCACCGUCCUCGAAGAAGCUGUCUCCUCUGAACUGCAGCACUCCCUCGCGCUGUUUGCCCUCUUCGAAGCAAUCGACCAUCAGUUCCUGAACUUAGCACGCACCGUCGUCCGGGAGGCAUCUCUCCAGGACGAGAUGCACGAUAAUUUUCUGUCUUCGCUCUGGACCCGCAUUUUGGGACCCAAGGCGUCCGAAGUAGCCAAGUAUGAGCGCAACCGCUUACUGCUGCUUAACGUACGGGAGAAGACGGUUCGCAACAAGGGGAUCUUGGUCGAGCAUAACCACAAGCUGCUCGCGCUCAAGGCGAAUCUGGAAGCCCUGCGCAGGAAGCUAGUCUCUCCGCUGGUCAGGAGCGUGAAUAGCAGCACGUUGACUUUAGAAGAGCAGAUUAAGGGACUGGAGGAUGUCGGGAUGUACCUGGAGGGCGUGAGGUCGCGGCAGAAGGGGAAGCUGUUGGAGAUGUUGUAUGGGAGUGGAAGUGGGACGGGCGCGGCGGCGAGGAUUGCCGCUGAGGCUGGGUAUGGGAGUGGAGGAUAUCAUCAGCAGGUGCAUGCUGCUGUUACGGGGAGGAGGGUUGGUGCUGGGGCGAGGGGUGAGGCUGGGAGCGAAGGCUCGGGGGGAACGCUUCGGGGGAGAUUUAUUAAUCCUGCGGAGGAGAGUCAACAGAAAAGGGGGAGGUGA